AUAAGAAGAAUUAAAAACCUAUUCCCAGGUAAAUUAUUAUGAUUUACGAAUAAUACUACUAAACAAAAGCAUGUAAAUUAAUGUAUAAUAAUUAUUGUCCUGAAUCAUUUGAUCUCAGCAUUCAAGUGUCUGAUUUGAAGGAAGAUGAGUCGAUUCUUUGCUGGUUCUGAUUCGGAUUCAGAUAGUUCCUCUGAAGAGGAAGUUAUUCAGCGCCCCCAGGUUCCUGCCUUCAGUUUCAGUGAUGAUGAAGAAGAAGUUAAACGUGUUGUGCGUUCAGCUAAAGAGAAGCGUUAUGAAGAACUUACCAAUAUAAUCAAGCAAAUCAGAAAUUACAAAAAGAUCAAGGAUAUGUCAUGCAUGUUGAACAGUUUUGAGGAACUUCAAAAGGGAUACUUGAAAGCUGCUCCCGUUAUUUUAAAGGAAGAAAAUGGCCAGACACCAAGAUUUUUUAUCAGGUGCCUUACUGAAAUGGAAGAAUUCAUUAAUGAGAUGUGGGAAGAUAGAGAGGGCAGAAAGAACAUGAGUAAAAAUAACAGUAAAUCUUUAGCUUCUAUGAGACAAAAACUCAGAAAGUAUUUGAAAGAUUUUGAAGAUGAUGUUGCAAAGUUUAAAGAAAAUCCUGAACAACCGGAUGAUGAAGAGGAAGAGGAAAAACAAGAACCCGAUCAGGAUUCUGAUAAUGAAGCUCCUCCUAAAAACCAAUUCCUGAAAGCCCCCGCGAAACCAGUCAUUGAUGACAAAGACGAGCCAUCAGACUCCGAUGAAUGGCCGUCUGAUUCGGAUACUAGCUCUGACUCUUCCGAUGACGAUGAGAGCAAAUAUACUAGCAUGAGAGAACGUUUCUUGAAGAAAUCCGGCACUACCCAUGAAGAUGAUGAAGAGAAGGAAGAGAAAGAGCGCAGGAAGGAGGAGAAGAGGAAAGAGCGCAAGGAUAAAGAGAGAAGGAAGAUGAGAAGAGAGGACGAGGAAGAUGGUGAAGGUGAAUGGGAAACUGUUCAACGUGGUGUUGCCAUACCUAGUGAGAAACCGAAAAUGUUCGCCAAAGAUGCCGAAAUCGAUCUGAACCUUGUCAUCAAGAAACUCAGUGAGAUAAUGGCAGCUAGGGGCAAAAAACGUACAGAUCGACGCGAACAAAUUGAACUGUUACACGAAUUACAAAACGUCGCUGACCAACACCAGCUAGGCCCAGCAAUAAACGUCAAAAUCAAAUUUGCUAUCAUCUCGGCCAUCUUCGAUUACAAUCCAAAAGUUUCUGACGCGAUGAAGCCCGAAUAUUGGGUCAAACUUCUAGAUAGAAUGCCGGAAAUGUUGAACCUUCUGCUGAGCAAUAGCAAUCUGGUCGUUUCUGAUUCUAUCACAGAGGAAACCGAAAAUCUGGAAGAACCUCCUUAUAGCAUUCGCGGAUGCGUCUUGACUUCCGUAGAGAGGCUCGACGAUGAGUUCACCAAACUCUUGAAGGAGUGUGACCCACACAGUAACGAGUAUGUCGAGAGGCUGAAAGACGAGGCUAAAGUAUCCAGCGUCAUAGAUAAAACCAUGAAGUAUUUAGAGAGGUCCAGCGUUCCAUCCGAACUUUGUCGAAUUUACUUGCGUAAAAUCGAACAUUUAUACUACAAAUUCGAUCCGAGAGUUCUGCAGCAAAAGGCGGGUGAUCCUGCUGUGUCCAAGGAUGAAAUCACUUCGGUACAGGAAAUGGAGAAACUCUGCAAGUACAUUUAUGCCAAGGAUGGCACUGAUCGACUCAGGACGAGGGCGAUUCUUUCACACAUCUACCACCAUGCUCUGCAUGAUAACUGGUUCCAAGCUAGGGACUUGGUCCUUAUGUCUCACUUGCAAGAGACCAUUCAGCAUUCCGAUCCUAGCACGCAGAUAUUGUACAAUCGGACGAUGGCUCAUCUGGGAUUGUGCGCUUUCAGACAUGCCAAUAUCAAGGAUGCCCACAACUGUUUGGUUGAUCUGAUGAUGACUGGUAAACCUAAGGAGCUGCUAGCACAGGGACUGUUACCACAGAGACAGCAUGAACGGAGUAAGGAACAAGAGAAGAUUGAAAAACAGCGACAAAUGCCAUUCCACAUGCACAUCAACCUCGAAUUGUUAGAGUGUGUGUAUCUCGUAUCUGCUAUGCUCAUAGAAAUUCCAUACAUGGCUGCCCACGAAUUUGACGCCCGGCGUAGGAUGAUCUCCAAAACGUUCUAUCAACAGCUUCGUAGCUCUGAAAGACAGUCUCUCGUUGGCCCGCCGGAGAGCAUGCGUGAGCACGUGGUGGCCGCCGCGAAGGCGAUGCGCAACGGCAACUGGGCGGCCUGCAACGCGUUCAUCAUCAACGAGAAGAUGAGCGGCAAGGUGUGGGACCUCUUCUACCGGGCGGACGGCGUGAGAGCGAUGCUGACGCGGCUGAUCAAGGAGGAGGCGUUACGCACGUACCUGUUCACGUAUUCGCACGUGUACGACUCGAUCUCGAUGGCCGUGCUGGCGGAUAUGUUCGAGCUGGACAAGCCGGUCGUGCACUCGAUCAUAUCGAAGAUGAUCAUCAACGAGGAACUGAUGGCAUCAUUAGAUGAUCCAACACAAACUGUAGUGAUGCACAGAAGUGAACCGUCCCGUCUACAGUCAUUGGCAUUACAGUUGGCAGACAAGGUUAAUAACUUCGUCGAUUCUAACGAAAGGAUUCUGGAAACAAAACAAGGAAACUUCUUCAUGAGAGGAGCUAACCAAGGAAACUUCAGAGAUAGGCAAAACUACAGGGGUGGAAAUAAUCAAAAUUGGGACAGACAGAGGCGUGACAGAGAUAGAAACAAGGAUUAAAGUGUUGCUUCUUUUCAUGUCUUGAAAUGGUAGACAUCCAUGUGUCACAUAAAAUGUACGUUAUAUUUGAUAUUUCUAAUAUAACCUUUAUG